GACAGUUGUAACGUUAUUAGUUUGCGUUCUAAUUUCGUGUUUGGUGGGUGACUAUCAAACUCAAAAAUGACGGAAGAGUCGGCUGUUAAAGUCUGUGUUCGAGUUCGUCCGCUUAUUGCGAGGGAAGAAAAUGCUGCAUUGGAGAAUACAGAUCCUGUCCAGCUGUUUUGGAAAGCUGAUAAGAAAUCAAUUCAUCAGAUUGAUGAUGGGAAUUCCACCAAGAGCUUUAGUUUUGACCGCGUUUUCACUGCUGAAGAAACAACCAAUCAGCUAUAUCAGGAUAUUGCGAAGCCUCUGGUUGUUUCCUCCGUUGAAGGAUACAAUGGAACCAUAUUUGCUUAUGGGCAGACUUCUUCUGGAAAGACUUUCACCAUGAUGGGGAGUGACCGUAUUCCUGGAGUGAUUCCUCUCGCUGUGGAAGAUGUCUUCCAAACCAUUAAAAAUUGUCCAAAGAAGGAGUUCCUUCUCAGGGUUUCUUACAUGGAAAUCUACAAUGAGACUGUGACUGAUCUGCUUGUUGACAGCUGGAAGAGAAAACCCCUGGAAGUCAGAGAGACAAUCAAUAAAAACAUCUAUGUGGCUGACCUGACUGAAGAACUGGUAACGUCUCCUGCACAAGCCUUGGCCUGGAUUCGAAAAGGAGAAAAGAACCGUCACUAUGGAAAGACAAAAAUGAACCAGCGGAGCAGCCGCUCACACACCAUUUUCCGAAUGAUCCUGGAGAGUCGAGAAAGGAGUGACCCUGCAUCAGGGGAAAAUGCUGAUGGAGCCAUUAUUGUGUCUCAUUUGAAUCUAGUUGAUCUAGCAGGAUCUGAAAGAGCAAGUCAGACAGGAGCAGAAGGCACACGGUUCAAAGAAGGUUGCAAUAUCAAUCGCAGCCUGUUCACCCUUGGCCAAGUGAUCAAGAAACUGACUGAUGAAAGCCAGAAGGGUUUCACUAACUACAGAGACAGUAAGCUAACCCGCAUCCUGCAGAACUCCUUGGGUGGGAAUGCUAAAACCGUCAUCAUCUGCACCAUUACUCCUGUCACUCUAGAUGAAACCCUCAGCACCCUGCAGUUUGCCAGCACUGCAAAGAAAAUGAAGAAUGACCCUCAUGUGACAGAGGUGUCUGAUGACGGGGCUCUGCUCAAAAGGUAUCGCAAUGAAAUUGUAGACCUCAAACGACGGCUUCAUGAGGUUUCUUCAGUCACACAGACCACAGCAACAGAGAAGGAGGUUCUCUCCCAGCUGCUCCAAGAGAAGGAUCAGCUUCAGCGAGAACAAGAGGACAGGAUCAAAAACUUGACCAAACUGCUUGUUACCAGCUCAAACCUGGUUCCUGUAAAAAAGAUGCCAAAACGCAGGGUCACGUGGGGAGGAAAGAUGCUCAGAUUUGCCCGUCCGUCUGCCUGUGUCGGUGCUUCAUCUGACCUCAGCUUUGCAGAAUCAUUCACUCUGAAGAGGAAAGCUGACCGCUCCUGUCUGAUGGAGCUGGGUGAAGAUGAUGAGGACUUUGACUCCCGCUGGGAGAUUCCUGACGAGCCAUCAGAUGAAAUGGAGAUGAGUCAGAGCUCUGUGACUACUCGAAGCUUUGGAGACAGUCCAAAUGACUUUGUGUCUCCAGAGGGGAUACGUGACCUUUCAGGGAAAGUGUCCAACCUUGAGCUGCAGCUGGAAAUGGAGAGUCAACAGAAAGAGGAGGCUAUGACAAAGAUAGAAACAUUAGAUGGCAGAGUGGCCGAGCUGGAGCUGCAGCUGCAAACAGAGGCCCAGCAGAAGCAUGAGACUGUGGAGAAAAUACACUCAAUGGAGCAGAGGGCAGCGGAGCUGGAGCUGCAGCUACAAACAGAGGCCCAGCAGAAGCACGAGACUGUGGAGAAAAUACACUCAAUGGAGCAGAGGGCAGUGGAGCUGGAGCUGCAGCUGCAAACAGAGACCCAGCAGAAACACGAGGCCAUGGAAAAGGUGGAGAUGUUGGAGUUCCGAAUGGCAGACCUGGAGAGACGGCUGGAAGAGCAGUGCGACACUCAGAGUGAAACUCAACAGAUGAGAAGAGAGUUUGCAGAGACCAUUGAGUUGUGUGAACAUUUGGCUUCAGAAAAGGAUGUGGUCCUCGGUGAACGAGACAAUCUGAAGCAGGAGCAGGGGUUGUUAAAAGAGCAGAUUGAGAGUCUGGAGAAGAAUAAUGCUGCUCUGUCACAAGAGCUGGAGGAGAAGAGAGAAAUGGACGAGUUCAAGUCUCUAGAGGAGGAGUUCAAGAAAGAGCAUGAGAUCGAGUUGCAAAAUGAAAUAUCCUGCUUGAAGAAGACUAUCGAAUCUUCUAAAGUCCAGUUCCUGGAGCUUCAGAAAAAAAUAGAAACUUUGUCUGAGGAGCUGAAGAAGAAAAGUGACUUUGCAGAGGAGCUUCAGAGUAUGAGCGGUAAGGAUCUGGUGCAGGAGGUGGCGACGCUUCGUCGCUCUCUGGAUGAUGCUGAGGGCAUCAGCAGAGACACAAAGAAGGAAUGGGCUGUCCUGCGCAGUCAAAACAUCGCUCUGGAGGAGACAGUUGUAACUCUGACUGCCGGCCAUGAGAAGAUGGACACUGAGGUCAACAGCCUGCGUUUUCAACUUGAGGCAGAGAAGUCACGCUGCAGAAUGAUGCAGUGUGACCUCCAAAAAGAGCUGAAAGUUGUGUUUGAUGAGAACACCAAGCUCACCACUCUGCUAGAUGGAAAAGUCCCAAAAAAUCUAAUAGACAGCGUGGAACUAGAGAGAGCAGUGGCUAAUCUGAACAAAGAGCUAAUAGCGUCUCGUGAAGCAGAGGCGGCCCUCAGAGUUCAACUGGAGGAUCUGGCUUCAUACCAGGCUCUCCCAGAUAAAGUGGACAAUUUGAUGAAGGAGGCUGCAGAGACACAAGUUGUUCUACACUCUCUUCAAGAUGAGCUCCAAGAGCAGAGGCAGAAAAACUCUGAUUUGGUGAAACUCUGUGAGCAGAAGGACUCUGAUAUGCUGAGCCUGUCACAGGAACUUCAGUGUGUGCGGGAUGAGAAGGACAAUCUCCUGAUGGCCGGUGUUCAGAGCUCUGCAGAGGAGAAGGAGGAGCUGCUCUCGACUGUGGCUUCUCUCACUGCAGAGAGAGACCAGCUCAAGAUGGACCUGCAGGAAAAUGUUGAGAUGAUGAUUGACAACCAGGAGGAGCUGAGGACAGUCCUGGAGAAGAAUCGUGAACAGAAGGAGCGGCUCAAACAGCUGGAGACUGCACAAACAUCUAAACUGGAUGGUCCUCCCAGUGAGAUGAGUGCACAGCAAGAGGAGCUGCAAACACAUUUGAAGACUCUGGCUGAGGAGCUUGAGAGUGUGCGAGCAGAAAGAAACAGUCUGCUGUCUGAGAGGAUGACCAGCAUGCAGACUCACAGUGAGGAGGUGGAGAAGCUGCUGUGCAGAGUGACGACUCUCAGCGAGGAGAGAGAUCAGCUGCAGGAGAUACUGGAGGGAUUGAGACAGGAGAAGCAGCAGCUCAGAGCAGAGCUGGAGGACAGGAUGGAGAUGGUUGCACAAGCCCACAGUGAGUUUAACCAGCCAGAGAUGUUGCCCUCAGAACUACAAGUGCGUGAUGAGGCCGUAACCCAACUUCAGCAAGAGAUUGAGCAACUGCAGGCUACUCUACAGGUCGUCAGUGAGCAGAAGAGCCAGUUGGAAGAUGAUCUGCAGCGUAAUGUGGAGAUGGCAACAGUCUCUCAAAGCCUCCUACAUUCACUUCAGCAGCAGCUCCAAGAGCAGAAUCAAAGAUACACUGACCUGGAAAGACAAAGCCAAGAGACACAAGCUCAGCUACAACAACAGGUGUCAGAGACUCAGUGUCUUCAGCAUUCUCUUCAAGAGGAGCUCCAAGAGCAGAAGCAAAAGAGCUCCGAUCAUAUGAAACUCUGUGAGCAGAGGGAAUCUGACUUGGAGCAACAGGCGAAGACUCUGAGCGAGCAGCUUGAGAGUGCGCGAGCAGAGAGGGAUGACCUGUUGUUUAAGAAGGAGACCGUGUGUCAGAACUCCACAGAGGAGGUGGAGAAGCUGCUGUGCAGAGUGACGACUCUCAGCGAGGAGAGAGAUCAGCUGCAGGAGAUACUGGAGGGAUUGAGACAGGAGAAGCAGCAGCUCAGAGCAGAGCUGGAGGACAGGAUGGAGAUGGUUGCACAAGCCCACAGUGAGUUUAACCAGCCAGAGAUGUUGCCCUCAGAACUACAAGUGCGUGAUGAGGCCGUAACCCAACUUCAGCAAGAGAUUGAGCAACUGCAGGCUACUCUACAGGUCGUCAGUGAGCAGAAGAGCCAGUUGGAAGAUGAUCUGCAGCGUAAUGUGGAGAUGGCAACAGUCUCUCAAAGCCUCCUACAUUCACUUCAGCAGCAGCUCCAAGAGCAGAAUCAAAGAUACACUGACCUGGAAAGACAAAGCCAAGAGACACAAGCUCAGCUACAACAACAGGUGUCAGAGACUCAGUGUCUUCAGCAUUCUCUUCAAGAGGAGCUCCAAGAGCAGAAGCAAAUGAGCUCCGAUCAUAUGAAACUCUGUGAGCAGAGGGAAUCUGACUUGGAGCAACAGGCGAAGACUCUGAGCGAGCAGCUUGAGAGUGCGCGAGCAGAGAGGGAUGACCUGUUGUUUAAGAAGGAGACUGUGUGUCAGAACUCCACAGAGGAGGUGGAGAAGCUGCUGUGCAGAGUGACGACUCUCAGCGAGGAGAGAGAUCAGCUGCAGGAGAUACUGGAGGGAUUGAGACAGGAGAAGCAGCAGCUCAGAGCAGAGCUGGAGGACAGGAUGGAGAUGGUUGCACAAGCCCACAGUGAGUUUAACCAGCCAGAGAUGUUGCCCUCAGAACUACAAGUGCGUGAUGAGGCCGUAACCCAACUUCAGCAAGAGAUUGAGCAACUGCAGGCUACUCUACAGGUCGUCAGUGAGCAGAAGAGCCAGUUGGAAGAUGAUCUGCAGCGUAAUGUGGAGAUGGCAACAGUCUCUCAAAGCCUCCUACAUUCACUUCAGCAGCAGCUCCAAGAGCAGAAUCAAAGAUACACUGACCUGGAAAGACAAAGCCAAGAGACACAAGCUCAGCUACAACAACAGGUGUCAGAGACUCAGUGUCUUCAGCAUUCUCUUCAAGAGGAGCUCCAAGAGCAGAAGCAAAUGAGCUCCGAUCAUAUGAAACUCUGUGAGCAGAGGGAAUCUGACUUGGAGCAACAGGCGAAGACUCUGAGCGAGCAGCUUGAGAGUGCGCGAGCAGAGAGGGAUGACCUGUUGUUUAAGAAGGAGACUGUGUGUCAGAACUCCGCAGAGGAGGUGGAGAAGCUGCUGUGCAGAGUGACGACUCUCAGCGAGGAGAGAGAUCAGCUGCAGGAGAUACUGGAGGGAUUGAGACAGGAGAAGCAGCAGCUCAGAGCAGAGCUGGAGGACAGGAUGGAAACACUACAGACUGAGAUAGCACAGCUGAGUACGUGUCUACAGAACGUAACUGAGCAGAAGAGGCAGCUGGAAGAUGAUGUGCAGUACAACAUGAAUAUGGUUUCCACAACACAAGAGCUUCUGACAUCAGUCCAAGAGGAGCUGUGUGAACAGAAGCAAAUGAACACUGAUCUGGAGAAACUGAGUCAGGAGAAGGAAUGCUCUUUGGAUCAACAGAUGAGGACUGUCACUGAGAAACUGGAGAGCAUUGAAGCAGAGAGAGACAGUCUGCUCUCUGAGAAGGAAGCCAGCUGUCAGCGCUCCGCAGAGGAGAUGGAGAAGCUGCUGUGCAGAGUGACGACUCUCAGCGAGGAGAGAGAUCAGCUGCAGGAGAUACUGGAGGGAUUGAGACAGGAGAAGCAGCAGCUCAGAGCAGAGCUGGAGGACAGGAUGGAGAUGAUGCAGCAGCUGGAGCAGCAGCUUCAAAUGUCCAGAGAGAAACAAAGUUGUGUUGCAGCUCAGCGGGACGCCUCACAGCAGUUGCUCAGUGAAGCCAACACAACCAUCUCAGCACUCCAAGAGCAGCUGAGCAGUUUGGAUCAGAGCACCAGUGCAGUCAAGGAGACAGCGUUGUCUCGGCUGCAGGACUCUACUGGGCAGAUUCAGGAGUCCUUCAGAAGAUUCCAGCACUUCAUAGACACUUGUUCCAAGUAUAACUCAUCAGGUCUGGUCAGUGCCCUUAAAGCACAGUGUUUCCUGAAGCAGUCUUACCUGACCUCUCUACCAAAGCCUACCAUGAACGCCUACACGACAGUCUGUCAGUUGGGACUGCAGACUUUUCAAAGUCUGGGCAACUUUAUGGAGCACCUUAAGGUGCAAGCACAGCUCUACAGGAAUCUGUUUGAGGAGUUGGUGAAGAAAGACUUGGCUGUUUUUGAGGAGAGGCGUCUGCAGGAUGUGCUGCUGUGCAGAGUGGAGGCACCCAGUUACUCUGUCAAAGACGAGGACUUCCACACUCUGUGGGAACACAGACUGACUGAGCUGCUGGACAAGAGACACCUCUACCUGCAGAAAAUGGUCAGCAUUUCGGAGAAGCUCUGGGCCAACAUGGCCUCUUUCCCCAGUGAGCUCUCUGUUGAGUCCAGAGAGAGGGAAAAGUUCAAGGAGCAGGUGCAAGCCAUGUUCACCAACCAGCCAAUCAGCUUCAGCAGACUGGACAGGAUCCUGAGCUGUGAGCUGGACCGCAGAUCUGCUGUGUUACACAGCAGGAAGAUGACUCUGCAGGGCAUCAUUGAUGAACAGAAUGGUCUGUUUAAAGAGCUGAAGCUGCUGGAGGCCCAGGCUGAUGCUCAGCUCAGCUCAGAGAGAAGCAAGAGUUUCACUCUGCUGAAGGCGAUGGAGGGAGCUCCUCUGAAGACCGAGCUGUCCCUGCUAAAGGACAACCAGCGACUUUCUCUUCAGCUCCAACAAACUGAAGAAAAAGUCAAAGCUCUGUUUGCACAAAAUGAGCAGCUGGAGGACACUCAGGUUAGAGCCAGCGACGUGGUGUCCAACCAUAAACAGGCUACUCAACUCCUGCAGACAGAGCUGCAGGACAGCCGUGCACAGGUGGAGGAGAGAGAGAAUACAAUCCAAACCCUCAGGAGCAAAUUACAAGAGUUUGAGAAGAAAUCAACCAGUGGUGCUGAGCUGGAAAAACUCCAGAAUAAACUCUUCAAGGUGGAGGUGGAGCUGAGUUCAGCAUCUGAUAAACAUCAACAAGAGAUCCAGAGGAUGACCACUCUGCUGAAUGAAAAGGAAGGCUCACUAAGGAAGCUCAAGGAAACCCUGAGGAAAUCUCAGCAACAAGGAGAGGAGUCAUUCCUGCAGGGUGAAGACCUUCAUGCCAGACUGACCAACCCCAGAGGUUUGGUGAUCAAGAGCAGCAUUGUGCUGGAAAAGACCAAACUAGAGGAGGAAACCAAACAGCUUCAACUGAAAAUAGCUGAGCUGGAUAGCUUGGUGUCCAGUCAGCAGGCAGAGAUCAGCAAGUGGAAGAGCAGAGCCAUCAAACUGAAGGGGAGGAGCACAGCUGAGGUGGAGAAGCCUUCGUCACCUUGCACUGUGACGAAGAGGGGCCUUCCCAUGAACUCAGACUCCUCCAACUUGUUUAGUUCACCCAAGAAGCUCCUGGUUACUCCCAAGAAGGUCCUGGACUCUCCCAGGAAGGUUUUGGAGUCUCCCAAGUUCUCUCUGCUCGACUCCCCCAAAAGCAGAUUCUUUGAUGUGGCUGGAAGCUCGGAGCUGAUGUCCAGAACCUGUCCCAAGCAGUUCUUUGAUAACUCCGGCCUCGGAACCAUUCCAGAGGUUUUUCUUGUUCCUGAUGCACCAGAUGAAGAAAACGGUAAGGGCUGAAACAUCACUGUGUGUUUGGGUCAUCACUGAAGGCUGACUAACAGAAGCAUGAGGUGUUGGGUCUUCACCAGUCUUCCACGAGCCUUAAACCUUAAUCAGUACAAGGGCUGUGUGUACAUCUGUUAUGGUUUAUGGUUUACAUACACCGGUGAUGGAACCAGUUUACUGCCCCCCCCUUCAUACACACACACACACACACACACACACACACACACACACACACGUGCAUACAGACUGACAGAGACUCCUUCCAUUUUACUCAGAUGGUGAUUUUGAAGGAUCUAAGCCAAACAUUUUUAACCCACUAUUUUAAUGUUUGAGUUGGAAUGCCAAACUUUAAUGAUUUGAUUAAAUUCAAAUAUUUAUUUAUUAAUGUUAUAAUUUGUAUUCGUUCCCAGUGUAAGGACUUUUGUUCAUUUUUGUCAUUAAUAAUAAUUCAUAUAUAUUUGUUUUUCCAGGUGAAAAUUGCGUUCAUUAACUACUGCCCAUAAUUUAAACUUUGAAGCACAGGUUUUGGCAGAACAUACGAACAAAUGGCUUCUGAAAUGUCAAACAAAUUCCAGCCACUAUUCUCAGUAUCAUUAACAUCUAACAUCAUAGUGCUGCUUUUGGAGUAUAUACAGAAAGUGUAGUACUCUACUGUGAUGGCAUAAUAUUCUGCAUUUCUACACUCAUCAUUGUUUGGUUUAUUAACUGGAAGUAAACCACAAACACACACUGGUGGGUGAGUGAAACACUUGAUUAUAACCUCUGCUUGUUAUUAGCACUCUAAAAAGAAAUAUUCAUGGAAAACUAAUUAGACUGACAUGUGCAGUGGGGUUGGUUUAAGAAUUCUGUGAACAUCACAGCCACUGAAGGACAGAGACCAGUACGAUUCACUUGA